AUGCGCGACACUCUGUCUGAUCGCCUGCUCCGACGUGAGCUGCAAGACUCGGCUGGCCGUUCAAGGAAGGUGAGGUCGAUAUAUGGCGACAAGAACUGGAUCCGUGAUCUGGACAUCGUGAACGAGCUCGACGGUCAUUCGGGCUGCGUGAAUGCUCUCAGGUUUGCCAUUCCUCCAACUGCUGCAUACCAUGGCUCUUCUCUAACUCGCUCAUCACUGUNNAGUUGGUCCAAGUCAGGCCGUCUCCUUGCCUCCGGCUCCGAUGAUCAGCACAUCAACAUCCACACCUAUCAACCAGAUGACUCGAACUCGCAAUUCAAACUGGCCACUAGCAUCGCCACCGGCCAUCGUGCCAACAUCUUCUCCGUCAAGUUCAUGCCUCAUUCCAACGACCGCACCGUCAUAUCCGCUGCUGGUGAUCACGAAGUCCGCAUCUUUGAUCUGGAGUACUCUGGCGCCGCUACAGAAGCAUCACGCGCAUCCGCCAUGGCUAUGAACGGUGCCAAUAGAGGCAUGCGAGGCAAUGCACAAGAUGGAGUACGCCAUUUGAGCGACGGGGACACAAACUGCAGAGUUUAUCGCUCCCACGGCGACAGAGUAAAGAGAGUCGUGACUGAGUCUUCCNCCCAUCUCUUCCUGACUUGCUCAGAAGACGGAGAAGUGCGCCAAUGGGAUCUGCGUCAACCGUCGUCUGCCUACCCUUCUCCUUCCAGUAGGUCCGCAUCUACAGUCUCUGUACCUCCUCCCCUAAUCUCCUAUAAACGUUAUGACCUGGAUCUCAAUACCAUCUCUUGUUCGCCGAGUCAACCUCACUACAUCGCCCUCGGUGGUGCUCAUCUUCACUGUUUCCUCCAUGAUCGCAGAAUGAUUGGACGCGACAAAAUGNAUGAACGCGCGGCUUCACCCCUCUCCGUGACGAAUCUCUCCGACAUGGAUGAAGAUUUGCUUGGUCAAGCCACUCGAUGUGUGCGUAAAUUCGCACCUCGGGGCCAGCGUAUCAUGGCGCAAAGAGAUUCCGGACAUAUCACCGCUUGUAAGAUCAGUGAUGCUUAUCCAAACGAGAUUAUAGUCAGUUGGUCUGGUGAUCAUGUCUACAGCUUUGAUCUAGUACGCAGCCCAGAUGCUAGCGAAGGCUCUAGAGAACAGCUCUCGACAAAUAAAUCAAACAGCCAAAGAACGAGAGAAAGUAACGAAAGAAAACGCAAAAAGAGAACAGCAAGCCAACUUUCGCAUUCCCCUGGAGCAUCCUCUCGUGUACAUCCACGUCAACGAACCGAGUCUACCGCUUUGCGAGUGAGGUAUCAAAAUGGUCAAAGCGAGGACAUUCCGAUCGCUCGUUCCACAAGCCCCGUCUCCUCUCUGCGAGAGAGUGUGAUGACGGACAGGCAACGGAAAGCAUAUCGUCUUGCCAAGACAGUGGUUGAGCUUCGUAGGACUAUGUUCACCCUCAACGAACAAACGAUCACUCCUUCGAGCAGAGACUUGACUGGCCACGCUACGGAGUUCACUUCAGUGCGAAGUCUGGCCGCUACUAUACUGCCUCAGAUGCAAGAGAUUACUCGGACUUGGCGCUACCCAAUCGCCCCAGUUCAAGAAGAAGUCUUGCUACAAAGAACAUUGCGUUCCAACAGAGAAUCUGCUUGGCGUUUCGUGCAAGCAUCUGGUGUCAUUGCACGAGCACUUGGUGGACAACCGCAUACUGCUAGCCAAGAAAUCUUCGACACGCCUCUUUUUGCUCGUAUUGACCAUGCCCCGAAUGAGGGCAGUAGUCUCGGUGACCGCGAGCGGUUUGGCUACGAUUUUGUGAAGGCCAUCUUUCUAUGGCUCGAUAGUGGGUUGGGAGCAUUAAUCGAUGGCUUUACUAGAUCUUCGGAUGUCGCUCGAUAUGCAUCUCGUUUGCCGGUUCCGAAGGACGCCAGUGCCGACGCGUUCGACGAGUGUAUCGUACCCUAUCUUCUGGCUCACUCAUCCAACUCUCCAGUCUGCAACGUUGAUGCUUCGAGAUUCGAGGUAGACGAGAAUCGUGUUAUCUAUGAAACGGAGACCGAUGCAGUAAGAGCAUUCGUCGAGGCUGUCAAGACGCCUUUCGCAGACCUGUCAUCAGAUGAUCCUAUGGAAGACGCACUUCAUUUCACCCAAAGACGGGGUGAUGCCUUAUUACACUGGGGCUUGAAAGUUGCUCGUGGAGUCCUCAUGAACGCUGGCGAGGGCGUGAAUUUUGCUCUCGUAGACCGAGCAUUUGGUGGCCUCGGCACAGGUAAUAAUGCAGCGGCUCGGGAAGAUGCACGACUACGAGAACGACAGCGUCAAAUUGACACCACCGAAGACGAACCUAUGGCGGAGUCAAUGGAGGUUAUUGAAGCUUCGUCAGACCAAUUUUCAGAAGAGGAAGAUGUCAUUGCCAUGAGCGAGAUAAGAGCUGCCAUGGGAGAGUACAGCGACGAAGAAGACGAAGGAGAUGACGAAGAAGACAGUGACGGCGAGAGCAUUAACUUCCCGCUUACUGGACCCGAAGAGCAGGACGAUGGAACGGAUGAGGACGAAGACGAAGGUGCUGAUGCAAGCCAGGACGAGAGUGGACCUGAAGAAGAGGAUGAUGAUGAAGAGGAAGAGGAAGAGGAGGAAUUCCCCCAUUUGAUCUACCGCAGUGCGCUCGGUAGACGUCGCAAGCGAGGUGAAGUUGAGAGGGAUGUCUACUGCUCGCCCCACACCAGAGUCUACCGAGGUCACUGCAAUGUCAAGACGGUCAAAGAUGUCAAUUUCUUCGGCCUGGAUGACGAAUAUGUCGUGUCCGGCUCAGAUGACGGCAAUUUUUUCGUCUGGGAUCGCAAAACAUCACGAUUGGUCAAUAUCCUCGAAGGUGAUGGAGAAGUGGUAAACGUGCUUCAAGGUCACCCAUACGAACCUAUGUUGGCGGCGAGCGGCAUCGACCACACAAUCAAAAUCUUCUCGCCAGAUGCAAGGGCGCGAGAAGCCGCUAGGCUCGGACGAGGGGUCGAGGCGGUGGACAGUUCAACAUUCUCGUCGAUAUCUUGGAUGAGACGAAGAAGACAGAACAGACAGGGCAACAUCACAUCAGAACCUGCCGUGGAUGCAGGCGCCGAAGAGCGAAACGCAGCAGACGACGAUGAAUAUGUGGCACCUGGCGGACUGGCGAGCAAGAAACGCAUGCACUUGGAGCACCAGAUCACAUCCCAGAAUGAUGUAGAACGACAAGGAGGGAACCAAGAAACUUUCCUUACGAGAAGUAUGCUUGCCUCCCUGGCUCAACACCUCAGAAGGCAAAGGGCCGAAGGAGGGGCUGAAGGAGAGGGCAGAGUUGUCAUUGGAGACGACUGUAUUAUUCAAUAG